AUGUUCAAAAAUCAGUAUCAGGGUGGCCCAUUUGUUGAAAUAUUCAGUGCUCAAGGCAAGAACCCAGGAGCAAAAUGGAAGAUUUUUGGCAAUCCAUCAGCUAUAUGGAAAGAAUAUGAUAAAGAAGUAAAAGGCUUUGUUUUUGUACUUGAAGGAAGCAGUCAAAUCAACAAAAUGCAGCUACCAAAGGAAACUAGACAAACUUUGGGGCUGAUCCAGCAAUUUCUGACACUUCAGAUUUUUGUGCCAUUGGGACAAGACUUCUCCACCGAGUUACUGAUAACUGAUUUCGGAAAUAUUAAAAGAAGAUUGUAUUUAUCAACGGUCCACAAGGAGUUGUCUGUAACCCCUCUGCAUGCAAAAAUUCCUCUGUUUACGAUCAAGCGCAAAAUUUGGUGCAAUAUGUGUAUUGACUUGGUAGCAUUCACCAGUGAAAUAUUCAGAGGAGCUGUCUUCCAGUCUUUGGAUGGAAUUAGUAUUUCAGCUAACUGUAAACUGAGAAAGAUCUUCACUUUAAAAUCCAAGCCUCAAGAAACAGCUGAGGAAGAUGGUAUAUGUGUUGUUCCAUUUAUGCCAUAUGAGCCCACAGAUGUUAUUCCUCGAACCUGCCAGCUAAAUACAGAUGUGCCACAAGUUACACAGUUGCUGAACCUGACUAAAAUUCACAAGCCAGAAAUAAAAUGCAGGAGACAUUCAGUAACAGUGCAAGAAACAGGUAGCUUGGUUAAUAGAGGACAAGGCAAUACAUGCAGCAGUAAAACUCGGGAUGUAUCGCAUAUUGCAUUUGGAUCAAAGAUCCUUGGGCCACCUCCAUCUUCAAACAGAAGAGUCAAUACAAGGGUAUCUGGAGAGGUAACAAAGACCUGGGGCAGCAAAAGCAAUAGAUCAUGCCGACUUCAAAGUUCAAGAAAGGGAGCUGAAUCCGUACAAGAUAUUGAGAGAUUGGAGCUAUCGUUCUCACCAUGCAAUCAUUCUUUCGAUCAAGGAGGCAAAAGAAAUACCUACCAAACAACUAAAGAUGUAUGUCAAAAUGACCCUGCAGUUCAGACUCAGAAAACCUCUGAGAGCAGAAGAGCAGAUUUUCAGCGCAUCUCACCACAAGGACCAUCAGCAGACAAGAACGGUCAUAGAUUAUCUCUAAAAAAUGCAGCCAAAAACACAUGGGAGAUAACCAGUGAUGAAUGGGUGUUUCCAGAAAGUUUCGCUGAGAGUAUUCAGUUGGAUAGGAAUGAGCAGGUUGAAGCUACUGAAGAUUCAGCCUGCCAUAAUUUAUCCUCACCACAGAAUGCCUCUGUUGAACAUCACAGCAAUGAAACAGGUGAUCACCAAGUGAAUAAUAAAGAGAUUUUCACAUUUUCAUCAAGACCUCAAUCAGCUCCUCAUGGGAGGUCUCCAAAUAUAUCACCAGAAUGUUGCAUUUUCCCUUUGGAUUUGAAGCAAGACAGUAACAGAGUGCAUGGGGAAAACCAAAUUGAAGAUAACGUUCAAGGAACUGACAGCAGUGAAGAGGAUGACAACAGUGAAUUCAUCCAGGGUAUUGAGAACCUUGAGAUCAGCCACAGCAGGCAAGGAACAUCUGAUUCAGCAGUUUUUAAAGAGAUCCCAUUAAAGAGGAUGUCAUGGCAAAAUGAAUACUGGAAGAAUAAGGGACACAGCAAACAUAACCUUGAAGAGACCAUCUUAUCAAAACCACAGAGUCCCACUGUGAGAAAAACAGAUUCUGUUAGCUCUCAGAGAAGCUUAAAGCCUACCCUUUCUCUUUCUCCAACUGGAAGUAAAUCUGAAUCCUUUAAAGUAAUUCCAAAUGGAUCUGAAAAAAGUGAAAGAUAUGAAGGAGUUUCUGGUCAAUUAAAAAGAUCCGUCAGUAAAACGUCUCUCAAGAAAAUCUCAAUGGAAUAUUCAUGUCUGACGACACAGACUUAUGAGUAUGACUGGAAGAAUUACCAGUCAAAUAGACUGAGUUCAUCUGAACUACAGAUGCUGGCUAGCAUGAAGAGGCAACAAAAUGAAGAAUUAAGGGAUAUUGGGAUCUCACAUGGGCUGAGUGCAUCACAGAUAGACAACUGCAAUGUUAGCAUAAGUACAAGCAGUGAUGAUACAGCAACCUGGAACUCUUGUUUCCCACCACCCAUCAGUCAGGAGCAUCACUAUCAGAAAGAAAUGAGCCCACUUUCUCAUUCCAACCCACGGGACUGGUUGAACAUGUUCAGUCCCCCCAUCAUUCCUGGAAACAAACAACUGGAAGAGCACACUAAAUCUUCAGCAAAUCAGAGUAUUCCAGGUGAAGAUGACCUCAAUGCUGAAGAAGAUGAAGUUUUGACUCUUCUGUAUGAUCCAUGUCUGAACUGUUACUUUGAUCCAAAUUCUGGGAAGUACUACGAAUUGGCGUAG